CUUUCUUGCUCUCUACUGCUAGAGAGGCAAAAGCAAUUUGCGAGUUUAUAGGUUAUAGCACUAUAUAACAUUGGAAAUUAUCUAAGGGAAGCUAUUUUGGAACUCCGUUUAAUUCCUUAAAAGUAACAGCGGAACAUUAUAUCCAUACCCAGAAUGAAACUUGAUUCUCUUUCAGCUUUUGUAGAAGUCUGAAAAUUGUUAGGAAAUCUUGAUAGGCUGAUACAUCAUGCAUGUGAGAAUUGAAAUGUCACCUUUAAAAAUUAUUUGCAUGUUCGUAGCAUGUGUCAGAAAUAAUAUACUGCUGACCGUAUAUGACAGCAGUCCCAUCCUAUUUAGCCUAUUAUACGUACUACCGGCAGAAAGGGAAAAAGUAUCUCCAGUAAUCAUUUAUUACAUGCUUGAUGGAAGGUUUCAACAAUUGUUAUGAUGUUUUAUUUGAAUUCUUACACUACUACGGAGAGGAUUUCCUUUUAGGUAUUGCUGGAACAUUUUCUUAUUAGAAAUCAUGUUUCCCAAAAUUCUUUUUUGCAGGUUAAUUUCUGUGGUUUUUUCUUCUUAUUUUGUUUAUUACUUAUGAAUGUUUGACAUGGAAGAACAUUAUUUACUAUAGAAGAAACUCUGAUUUUUUUAAUUUAAUUUGAAGGUGUUAAGAAUGUUGUUUUGUCGUGAUCUAAUUCUUGGGCUAUUUUCUUCUUUUCUCAUAGACUAUUUAGCACUGCCAAUUGUGGUUCAGUUGGGCAGCACUUUCCAUGUGAUAUCUAGUUAUUUACUUCUUUUGUAUUUGACAUAUUAUUUGGCACUUUUAGUCAGGCAAAAAUAAGAUAUAUGGACUGUCGAUGCUAAAGAUUCAUUUCAUUUCACUUCACUUUUUAUGCUUCGAUAUAUAACCUUAUCUAGCACUCUCGUUUCCUUUUCCAUGCUCAACAGAGACAAUACUUGUGAGAGCUUAUGAAGAAAGGAUGGACCUUUUAAGGGCUGUUAUGGUUGGACCUCAUGGAACUCCAUAUCAUGAUGGCCUCUUUUUCUUCGACUUACAGUUUCCUGGCGACUAUCCACAUAUACCUCCAAGAGCACAUUACCACUCUGGUGGUCUUCGGCUCAAUCCCAACUUGUACGCUUGUGGUAGAGUUUGUCUGAGUCUUUUAGGAACCUGGCCAGGCAAAGAAUGUGAGCAGUGGGACCCAAAGAAGUCAACCAUGCUCCAGGUUCUAGUCUCCAUUCAAGCUCUCAUUCUGAAUGAAAAACCCUAUUUUAAUGAGCCGGGAUUUGAGCGGGCAGCUAAUACCAAUCAUGGAGAAAAGAGUUCUCUGGCUUACAAUGAAACCGCUUUCCUGUACUCCUGCAGGACAAUGUUAUACUCUCUUCGGCGGCCUCCAAAGCAUUUCGAGGACUAUGUUGCAGGACAUUUUCGGACGCGUGGACAUGCUAUCUUGGUAGCAUGCAGAGCAUAUUUGGACAAUGCUCAGGUUGGUACGGCUGUUGAGGGCUACAAGGGACAGAAUGAAGCUGGAAGUUCCAAGGGUUGCUCCAAAGAUUUCAAGCGACAACUGAAGCAGCUCUUUGAGGAUCUUUUGAUGGAGUUCACGGUGAAAGGAGCUAAUUGCAAGGAAUUUCUCAGUCAGAAGGUUAAAGUUGGAGAUGCGACAGCUCUUCCAAAAAAAGAAGAUAAUUGACACGAUCAAGUUUUUACCAUUUACUUGACCCAAUGACAAGUUUUGCUCUUAAAUCCGCUGCCUACUUCUGAUGCUAUAUAGUUUAGGUUUACAAGGUUUACUAGUAUUGUGUACAGUGACUACGAAUUUAAGCUUGUAAAUAGAGUGAAAAUGUACAUGUACUUCUUUUGGAAGUUAAUGACUCUUUAAGAUUUUAUGACUAUAGAUAAGAUCAUUUUCGUCAUGUUAGGCUAAAAUAAACUUUGUAUGGCACGUUCAAUCUUAAUUUCUACGAGGUUCGAUCUUCUGA